AUGGGCUCUGAAAAGGAGGAUUACUCCUCCGGCCCCGAGGAUGCCUUUACAAGCGCCAAUGUCAUAGCCUCAACCGCCAUCAAGCCCCAACAUCGCCCUCUCCACGAUGCCAGCGUCACCCUCGAAGAAUACAUGUACUAUGCCGAAAAGACACGGGCAGAAGAGGACUCAGUGGCGGCCACUGCACCACCCACGACCUUGAUGGACAUGGUGUUUCCCUCGAGGGGGACAUCGAGACGUAUAGAGGGCAAGCAGCCCAGCGAGAAGCAUGAAGGCCAGAAGUCGAAUCUGAACGACAACAAGUUGCUCAUCACGGACCUGGAGUGGACAAAUGCAAGCCGGGCUUUGCGUUCUGCCAGUGCAGCGGCGUGCUUCUACUUGAUCACGACGGAUAUCCUGGGCCCUUUUGGAGUGGGCUUCUCUAUUGGUACGAUGGGUUGGGGAGAGGGCAUCGGACUAUUCACUCUAUUCGGACUCUGCGCUGGGGGUUCCGGUUGGAUUCUCUGGAAAGCCUUUCUCGACGUCGACUCAUACGAGUUCCCAGUCAAAAACUACGGCGAUCUCGGGUUCCGCAUCUGGGGCCCCUGGCUUCGCUACACGAUCAACUUCCUGCAAGCCCUGCAGCUGAUGAUUAGCGUUGGAAUCCUGGUCAUCAGCAAUGGCCUUUCGAUCUCGCAGGUGUCAAAGUUCCACCUUUGCUACAUUGUGUGCUGCCUGAUCUGGGCGAUUGUUGGCUUCUUCACGGGCCAGAUCAGAACCCUGAACAAGCUCGGCUUCUUGGCCAAUUUUGCGGUGGUCCUGAAUCUUCUGAUCAUGUUCAUCAGCAUGGGCGUCAUGGCUCACAGUGAGCCCAACUAUGCAGCUGCUCAGGCUGGCUCUGCUGGAGCUGCCCUGGGCGGCCUCUCUGUUACACCGUCUGCCAACGGGACGUAUCCUCCCAUUCAGAGAUAUGGCGGCAUUCCCCCGUCGACCAACGGCUUCACUGGCUCGAUCAAUGGUCUCAUGAAUGGCGUCUAUGCAUACGGAGGAGCGCAGCUGUUUGUUGAGUUUAUGGCUGAGCUUCAGAGACCCCGGGACUUUCUCAAGGCCAUGUGGGGAGCCCAGUUCUUCAUCUAUGCGUGCUACAUGUCGUAUGGAUCGUUUGUCUACUUUUACCAGGGACAAUAUGCCAAUCAGCUCGCAUAUCAGGGUCUCUCGCCUUAUGCCUGGCAGACCGUCUGCAACAUCCUCGCUGUCAUCAGCGGAAUCAUCGCCGCGACCCUUUACGGCAACAUUGGCAUCAAGGUCAUCUACAACAACGUCCUCAUUGAAAUGUUCAAGGCUCCGCCGCUCACCUCAACUGGCGGCAAGAUCUUGUGGGCUGUCAUUGUCCCGAUCUACUGGGUCGUCGCCUUUGUCUUUGCGGCUGCGAUCCCCGACUUCUUUGGCCUGACGAGCGUCAUUGCCGCCAUUUGUCUUGUGCAAUUUACGUACACGUUCCCGGCAUUCAUCGGUCUCGGAUUGUUUGUCCAGAAAAAUGCAAUGAGGGGAGAAGAGGCGUUUGACCCAGCGACUGGCGCGGUUCAUCACCGUGACUCGGGAGUGAAGCGGUGGAUUCGUGGCUUCUUUGGCAGGUUCUGGUGGUUGAAUGUUAUACUGCUGGUGUACACGCUUGGAUCUCUGGCGUUGAGCGGACUGGGAGCAUAUGCGGCCAUUGAGGGCCUGAUUGAUGCUUUCAAAUCGCCUCAGAUCAACUCUUUUACAUGCACAUCUCCCCUGGAGGGCUGA